AUGUCGUUCCUCGGACUCGGCCGCCAGCAGCCCACGUCGGAGCAAAAGAUUGCCGCCGUCGAGGGCGAGAUGCGCAUGAUGGCCGACACCUACAACCGGCUGCAAAAAGCAUGCCAGAAAAAGUGCAUCCCCACCGACUACCGCGAGGCCGAGCUCAACAAGGGCGAGUCCGUCUGCCUCGACCGCUGCACCGCAAAGUUCCUCGACACCUCCAUGAAGGUCUCCGAGAUUAUGCAGCAGCAGGGCCAGGCCAUGGGCGCCGCGCCCCAGCAGGGCGGAGGCCUCUUCUAG